UAUUUACCUCCAAAAAAUCAAAAUAACAGACCAAAAGUGGUCUUUUCCGUGACAAAAGCAGCCAAAAUGGAUCUCAAUAUCGUUUGUCGUGGCUGUCUUGCUGAAACCGAUAUCGUGGAUUACUUCAAACUCGACGAAAUCGGCUUAAACGACCAAUCUUACAAGCAAAUGUUGGAAGAAGUCUCCGGAUAUCAAAUCAAUGUCGAAACCGAACCGCAUCGAUUAUGCGAAAACUGCGGAAUUGUCCUCUUGGAGAUGUUCAAAUUCAAACAAACGCUCAACGAAACGCAAGAAAUCCUCAAUCAAUUAACUUCAGAAGUCGCCGAAGACGAAGAAGGAUGCUCAACAGUUGCUGUCGAGGAAUUAGAACUCGUCGAAGAUGUCCCGCUCGAAGAUACGGAAUACGGAAUGGCUGUCGAUACGGGAAAAACUAUCGAAGAACUCAUGGAUGCCGAGGAAAUUGAGGGUUUGGAGAACAUUGGACUUGCUUACGUGAAGGAAGAAAACAAAAUUGACACAAUCGGAUACGAUUCAGUCGAUCCGCAAUACACAAUAAUUGAACAAAACAAAAUUUCCUGCCCGUAUUGCGAAACACUUUGUUCGACAAAUCAAUCGUUGUCGCGACACAUGACGAACCAACAUCCCGAAGUGAAACCCGAUCAUGCCUGCACGUAUUGCGACAAGACGUAUCACUUCAAGGAAUGGUUGGAAAAUCACGAGCGACAAUGUCCCGGAGCUCGAGCUGCCAAAGAGGGAAUGAGUGAGUUCCCCUGUAAAUAUUGCGAAAAAGUAUUCGGCACGUAUCGAAAUAUGAGAAGUCAUGUCGCGAUAAGUCACAGGGAACUCGAAAGGCAAACUGAUGAGAUGGCACGAGGCGUUGCAUGUCCGUUUUGCGCGACGAAACUGAAAAAUCUUCAAACGCUGAGACAUCAUUUGGCGAAUGUGCAUGCGGAACAGCGAACCAUCAAGUGCGAUUAUUGUGAUAACUACACUUUUACGACAGAAUUGCUGCAAAUUCAUCUCACAAAGUGCAAAGGAUAUUUGGAAAAAUUGGAAUUGCAGCAAAUGGUGUGUCCCUAUUGUCCCGUUGUGAAGCACGGAAAGAAGAAAUUGAACGCGCAUAUUGUUGCUUGUCACACGAGGCACACGAAUGAGAAACGACAACUUGCCCAAUGUGAUAUUUGUAAAAAAGUCAUCAGAAAAGUUUCAAUGUACAAACACAUGCACGACUUACACAUCCAGAAGCCCCUUUUGCAUUGUCCUCAUUGCGGAGAAACGUACAAAAGUGAUUCCGGACUUCAAUAUCACAUCUCGCAAUAUCAUCAAGAACUGCAAAAAUUCGAAUGUCACUUUUGUGAAUUCACAACGACGCAAAAAACGUUACUUAAACGACAUUUGCAACGACACAAUCCCGAGAAAACUUUCAUUUGUCCGACUUGUGGGCGCGUUUGUUACUCUCUGCACUCCCUGAAGAAGCACCAAAUAAUUCACACGAACGAGAGACCAUGGAAAUGCUCGUUGUGCGAUAAAGAGUACAAAAGAAAGGAAAAACUGAAACAACAUAUGGCAAAAUUCCAUGAAAAUCGAACAGAUUACGAAUGUCCUGUAUGCCCCGAAGAAUUCUUCAGAAAUGAAUCGUUGCGACAACACAUUAUGAAAUGUCAUCCGGAAUACGAAUUACCGCCGAAGGGCACGACGCUGCAUAAAGCGAAGGACAAAAAGUUUGUCACAAAAGUAUGGAGGAAAGUUGAAAAAGUUGCUGCUGUUGGAAAUGUUAAAUUAGAGAACUAAUAAAUGAUACGAUUUUUUAAUAAAAAAACAAAAAUGUUAAAAAAUUUCCAAACGAUCGAGAUUCACUCUUAAUACAAACGUGACCUUUCCAACAAACGACAAUGGAUCAUAUAUUACAUUACACGCAAUGCUUACAUAAAAUUUAUUAAAAUUUAUCUUUUUUUCUUCCAAAACCAGUUUAUUAUGCUUUUUUGCUUCUCUUUUUACUCUAUUAAUUACCUUCAAUAU